AUGGCCAUUGAAUUAGGUCUCUCACGCGUACAAAACCUGCUGCGAUCUCUCGGUAAUCCCCAGAACAAAUUGCGGGUCUUACAUGUCGCUGGAACGAAUGGGAAGGGUUCCGUUUGUACAUAUUUACAAUCGAUUUUACAAACUCAGAAAACUGCUCUUGUGGGCAAAUUUACAUCUCCACAUUUGAUCCAUAUCACCGAAUCUAUUAGCGUCAACGAUCAGGCUAUUCCAUUACCGGUUUUCCAUUCAAUUCGCAACAGGUUAGAGUCGAUAAAUCAAGAGUUACAAUUGAAAUGCACCGAAUUUGAGCUUUUAACAUGUACAGCUUUUGAAUAUUUCUGGCAAAAAAAGUGUCAAUGGUGUGUGCUAGAGGUUGGGUUAGGUGGGAGACUUGACGCAACGAAUUGCGUCCAGGGACACCGGAAAAUAUGUGGGAUAACUAAGAUUGGGAAAGAUCACGAAAGCUUUUUGGGGGAUACAAUAGAAAAGAUCGCCUAUGAAAAGGCCGGAAUUAUUGUCGAGGGGGUUCCUUUCGUCGCAGUGGACGGAACCAAUGACCCUCAAGUUCUGAAAGUUAUUGAAACUAAGGCACAUAUGACUGCGACGCACGUCAGCGUUGUGAAUUCCAAUGAGACGGCUCCAGAUGUGAUACGCACUGAAACGUGGGGAGAAAUACCACGAAGUUGUAUACCGCUCAAUGGUGCGUAUCAGACUGCCAAUGCAAGUGUCGCACUCGCCAUGCUUGAAUAUUUACAUCAAAAGGGACUCGUUACGCUUGAUAGACAACAGAUUGUUGACGGAUUGCACAACGUGCAAUGGCCCGGACGGCUUCAAACGUUACAAUAUAGCGUCUGUCCAGAGCAUAACUUACAAAUCUUACUCGACGGUGCACAUAACGGUGCCGCGGCGUUGGAACUUUCUGCUUACCUUCAAACGCAGGUCAGGACCGUAAACGACCGGGGCAAAACCAACCCGAUUACUUUUGUACUUGCAGUAACGAACGGUAAAGACGUCACAUCGCUUCUGACACCACUCGUGACUCCCGACGAUACCGUUAUCGUAACGCAAUUCGAAGCGGUAGACAAGAUGCCCUGGAUAGCAUCGAUGCAGCCUGAAGAACUAGCCACAACAGUUGAAAAACACACGCAUAAUGUUCUUGUCGAACCGAAACUUGACGACGCUUUGAAACGUGCUCACAUGCUCAAUCGCGGCCCUGUAGUUGUUUGUGGGUCCUUGUACCUGUGUGGACAACUCCUAAGAAACGUUUCGGGUACUCCGUGA